AUGAAAGACUGUCAUGAUGGAUUUCUGGAGGCUCGGGAUGAUAUCCCUUUGAAAGAGUCUGGAACCGACGAUAUUCUCAAUUAUGAGAGGAAGGAAUACCCAUCACCAGCAAAACUGGUCCCUAUUCUUGUGGGACUGUGUUUCCAGUCAUUUUGUAUUGCCUUGGACAACACGAUCUUAGCGACCGCCGUUCCCAAAAUCACAGAACAGUUCAACUCACUCGAGGACCUGUCCUGUCUGGGCGGGUUGCUCACCGAUCGAGUUAGUUGGCGAUGGUGUUUCUACAUCAACAUACCGCUGGGCGCAAUCACUGGACUCUUCAUCAUCCUCUUCUUCAAAGAUGCGAAAAGCGACAAGAAACGCGAGCCCGACCGAUGGCGCAAGAUCAAGCGAAUGGAUCCGUGGGGAGUGGCCGUUUUCAUGCCUGCCAUCAUCUCGAUCCUACUGGGUCUUCAAUGGGGAGGAACCAAGUAUCCGUGGGGAGACCCGCGAAUAAUCAUCCUCUUCGUGCUUUUCGGGGUGUUCGGCUCAAUCUGGUGUGUGAUUCAGUUUUGGAAGCAAGAUGAAGCUACCGUCCCGCCCCGGUUACUCAAGAAUCGCAAUGUAUUCGGUGCUGUUCUUCACGCGAUGUUUCUUGGAGGCUCAUUCUUCGUCUUCGGGUACUACCUCCCGAUAUGGUUUCAAGCCAUCCGAGGUGAAUCAGCAGCAGAUUCUGGAAUCAAUAACCUACCCAUGUUGGUAUCGAUGAUCGUUUGUUCGGCAUUCGGGGGAUUACUGGUCAACCUGCUCGGAUACUACACUCCCCUCAUGUACGUCGGCAGCGCACUUCUCACGAUCGGAUCGGGGCUGUGUACGACAUUCCAACUCGACACAUCACACGCUGAAUGGAUUGGAUACCAGGUGAUUAUAGGCGUCGGGGCCGGGGUUGGAUUUCAGCAAUGCAUCAAUGCGCUGCAGACGGUUCUACCAUUAGAGGAUAUACCUAUCGGCAUCGCGAUCAUUACAUUUGCACAAAGCUUGAGUGGAGCACUUUUCAUCUCGAUCGCUCAAAACGUCUUUCAGAACAGGCUGGUCGCCAAUUUGACUCAAAAAGCCCCAACCGUCAAUCCAACGGCUGUCAUUCAAAGUGGAGCAGCGAACCUCGCGCAAAGAUUCCCGAAAGACAUUCUCCCUGGCGUGCUCCACGGGUACAACAUUGCCGUUACACAGACAUUCUACGUCUCGGUAGCUACGGCUGCCAUGUCAUUUCUCGGUGCGGGCUUCGUGGAGUGGAAAUCAAUGCGACGCGAAAAGAAGUAUUCCGAAGACGAGAGAGAUACCGAGUGA